CCCACCCAUACUUUUGGUGGAUGACAAAUGGGUCCCACACAUAUUUCUUAUUUCUAAUGCCACCUGAGCGCCACGUCAACACCACGUGAAAAGAAGACCGAGUCAAUACUGCCACAUAGGCGCUAUGUCAGCGAAACCUCCCUCUAAAACCGCCGAGGGAGUCAAAUUACACCGGUUUUUAAGAGUUGGGGGUUCGAGAUAUCCGAUUUUGUGGUUUAGGGUAAGGGAUUAGAUUUCGAUGACUUUUGAAGGUCACAAAGUGAACUUAUUCCACAACAAUAAGGCCAGAUCGUCCAGCUGUUAAUCUGUUAGACAGGCCGAUAGACUUAUACGGCCCAUCAACCAAACUGUUCGAAGCCCAUAUAAGCCUACUAGCCCAUUUAGGCUUCUCAGCUAAUGGGCCCAAUCCUAACCUUACACCGCCGCCGCCCACUUCGAUCCAUGCCGCCGCCCGCCGCCGCCGCCGCGUUGCUGCGCCGCGUCGGACUUGGCCUCGGCGCCGGCGCCGGCGUCGGCGUACGCGGCCUGGCCACGCUGCCCGAUGCCGCGCAGCCGCAGCACCCGACCUCCAAGGACGCCUACUUCGCGGCGGUGCACCACCUCUCCACCGUCGUGCGCCGCGACUUCUACCUGGAGCGCACCCUCAACCGCCUCCGCCUCCCGUCCCCGUUCCCGCCGGACCUCGCGCUCCGCGUCAUCCGCGCCGCCGCCCCCGCGGAGCCGCUCCACGCCGCGCGCUUCCUCGCCUGGCUCCGCGCCAAGCCCUCCUUCGCCGCCUCCGCCGACCACUUCGACGCGCUGCUCCUCCCGCUCGCCCGCGCCCGCCUCUUCACCCACCUCUGGUCCCUCGCCGCCGACAUGCGCGCCCUCGGCCUCCCGCUCUCCCCCUCCACCUUCUCCGCCGUCAUCUCCUCCUACGGCCAAUCCCGCCUCACCGACCAGGCCGUCGAGGUGUUCAACCGCCUCCCGCGAUUCGGCUGCCCGCAGACCACCCAGGUCUACAACGCCCUCCUCGACGCGCUCUGCGCCAACGGCAGCUUCGCCGGCGCGUACAAGCUGCUCCGCCGCAUGGCGCGCAAGGGCGUGGCCCCCGACCGCGCCACCUUCAGCACCCUCGUCGACGCCUGGUGCGCCGCGGGGAAGCUCCGGGAGGCGCAGGCGUUCCUCGACGACAUGGCGGAGCGCGGGUUCCACCCGCCGGUGCGCGGGAGGGAUCUCCUCGUCGACGGCCUCGUCCGCGCCGGUCGCCUCGAGGAGGCCAAGGCCUUCGCGCUCCGGAUGACCAAGGAGGGCGUCCUCCCCGAUGUGGCCACAUUCAACUCGCUCGCCGAGGCGCUUUGCAGCUCUGGAGAUGUGGAAUUCGCCGUGGCGCUUCUCGCCGAUGCAUCCAGCCGCGGCCUGUGCCCGGACAUCUCCACCUACAAGGUGAUGAUACCAGCUGUGGCCAAGGCUGGCCGAAUUGAUGAGGCAUUUCGGUUGUUCUAUGCAGCUCUUGAGGAUGGCCACCGGCCAUUCCCCAGCCUGUAUGCAGCGAUUAUCAAGGCGCUCUGUAAGGCGGGGCGAUUCGCCGAUGCUUUCGCAUUUUUCGGUGAUAUGAAGUCGAAGGGGCACCCGCCAAAUCGUCCUGUGUAUGUGAUGCUUGUUAAAAUGUGUGUGAGAGGCGGUCGGUUCGUGGAGGCUGCAAACUACCUUGUUGAGAUGAGUGAAGCUGGAUUCGCUCCUCGUGCUCCGACCUUUAAUUCUGUAGUUGACGGGUUGCGGCAUUGUGGGAAGCAUGAUCUAGCUCAGAGGAUGGAGCAGCUUGAGAUGUCGAUGAAUGGGAAUUGAAUGGAUUAUGAACUGUAUCCAGUUCUCUUUUUCCAUUGGGCCUUGCAAAUGGCAUGGCAGUGCUCCUGGAUUUCCAGGAUCUCAGGUUGGCUUGAUGAGGACUCCAUAAUUAUCUGCAAUUGAUGGGGAUGUUUGAAUGUUGCACUUUGCUCGUGCCGUUUAGAAUAUUCUUACAUUUGGAUGUUCUAGAGCUAAACAUAAUCACGAGAAUUGUGAUGCUUCUAUGGAAUUGAUCCUGCAUCCAAUAGGAUAACACUGUAAAUGAAUCGAUCAGACUGGCAGCAAGUCAUAGAAAAGGGUGAAUUCCUUAUUGUACCAAAAUUUUCAUUUGGUUGCUGUUGUCUUGUGCAUUAAUGUAAUUUUCACAAUCUUGUAAGGAAGUGAGGUGAGUGUGGACUAUGAGGAAUUGUUGAUGUAAACAGCGAAGCAUAAUCCUUGUGAACUGUGAUUAUCAUUGGUUGCACUAAAUAGCAGAUUUAGGCAUGCCUUCAAAACUGGGAAGUAGAGUGGGCUAAAGUAGGCACUAGGCAGUACUGGAAUGUGGAUACUGGAUGUCUGGAUGUUGAAGAAGGUGCAAUCAGAACCCAAUAUGUAAAUGAUGCAGUGAAGAGUGAUGCUGACGAUCUUGUUUUGUUCCCUUUUUCUUUUUCUCUUUUCUUUUUUACUUUCAGUUAUUCUUUAUGCUUGGUAAUCAGGUCUUAAAGGUACCCUACUAUUUCUUACUACCAAAUGUUAGAGAAACUGAUUUUGCAUGUAUACUAAUCAGCUCAACUUUGGAGUUACCACUA